GCCGAGCCCUGGCUGGGAGGUUACACUUAAGCUACAAGAUGCAGCAACAAGGGCACUAAACAUGAGCUUUCUUGCCUUUAGGGAAUGGUAAAAGGGAAUGUCCAGGAAUGUCCAUGCUUUGGAUAGCAAGCAGUCAGCUGCCUUUCGUGUUUGGCAGUUACUUGCCUGCCUUCUAAAUUGUAGGCAUAUGUAUUUCCCCACAGGGUUUUUUUGUGUUGUUUUGUUUAGGUUUUUUCCCCCCAAGUUUGAAAGUUGCUGGAAAUGGCAUCAGGAAAUCCCUACUGUCUGCUGUCAUGAGAAUGAUUUCCACGUUAUCAGGUUCAAAUUUAUUUAUACAACAACUGAAAGUAAAACAGAAUGGAGGAGGGGGUGGAGCAUUUGCUACUGUCACUCAUGCAAACCUUAUCCUAACUUCUGUGUCGACGUGCUGCUCAGCAUUCUGAGACUUAGAAGGUUCCUGCACACUGAAGGUUCCUCUGCUCUUGCUGGUCCACUGCUGUUCCCAAGAUCCCAUGCUCAGAAUGAACCUGAAGGUCCUGAAAUGUAGUUUCCUGAUCCAGAUGCAGUGCUUCUCUUCUGAGUAAUGGUCCAGCAGGCAGGAUGCUGGGGACGGCACGGCCAACACAAAACUCUGCUGGAGCAUUGAGCAGCCUGCAAAGACAGGUUGUGCAAGAGGCAGAUCCGCGCACAGAGCUGAGGUAUUUGACUAAUUUACAGUUCUGCCCAGAAAUGGAGGCUGGAUGGCACCUCCACAAAGCCAGAACAACGAAUACACACCUGAAAAGUGCUUGUCUGCAGUAUCAGCUGUAUCGGCUUCUGAACAGCCAUUGCUUUUGCCUUUUAAAGAAUGGGAUGGGACUAAUCAUCUUCUUCCUGUGUGCUUAUGUACCAAAGACAGAAGCAGGUCGUUGCAAGUGGGCAGCAGUUCUGGAAGAUUUGGAGAGGAUCAAGACAUCCAAAGAUAUUGAUGUCAGUUUAUACACUGCAAACGCAGAUGAGGAUCUUUCACAGUGCAUCUCUGCAGAUAUUCAAAUGUAUUUGAACAGUAAGAAAAGAUGCCCAGAAGAAUGCCAAGAACUUGUAAUGAGGUGCUUUUUCUUAGAGACAGCAGUGAUUAUUCAAGAAUGUCGUAUCAAAAAUUGUAGUAAAACACAGGAUGUAUGGAACAUAUGGAAAAAUGGAAAUGAAAGCUUUGAAAAAAAUAAGUUGACUUCCACAAAAUCAGAAAAAUGCAAAGAAUGUGAAGAAUAUGAAGAAAAAAAUUUUGCAGAAUUUGUACAGAAUUUUGUAAAGGUUAUACAGAGGGAUUGCAAACACUGACCAAAAGACGCAAGCUGGGAAACAAGAUUCUUACAUGAACAUCUUCAGAGAAAUUAGAUUAUCACCAAAAAUAAACUGGAAAAAGAGCACAA